AUGUCAGCUACACCACAACCUAUGUUCCAUGAACAAGAAGACGUUAGAAUCUUGGGUUACGAUCCAUUAGUGUCACCAGCACUACUUCAGGCCCAAGUUCCAGCUUCUCCUGAAUGUCUAGCAACAGCUCAAAGAGGUAGAAAGGAGUCUGUUGAUAUUAUUACCGGUAAAGAUGACAGAGUGCUGGUUAUCGUCGGUCCAUGCUCCAUCCACGAUUUGGAUCAAGCACAAGAGUACGCUAAGAUGUUGAAGGCUCUUUCGGAUGAGUUGAAGGACGAUUUGUGUAUCAUAAUGAGAGCUUACUUAGAAAAGCCAAGAACCACUGUUGGCUGGAAGGGUUUGAUCAACGAUCCAGAUGUCGACAACACUUUCAACAUCAACAAAGGUUUGCAAGUAUCCAGACAAUUGUUUGUAAAUUUGACCAGUCUGGGAUUACCAAUUGGUUCUGAGAUGUUGGACACUAUCUCUCCUCAAUUCUUGGCUGAUUUGCUAUCUUUCGGUGCCAUUGGUGCUAGAACUACCGAGUCUCAAUUGCACAGAGAAUUGGCCUCUGGUUUAUCCUUCCCAGUCGGUUUCAAGAACGGUACCGACGGUACAUUGGGUGUUGCCGUCGAUGCUGUCCAAGCUGCCUCUCACCCACAUCACUUCAUGGGUGUUACCAAGCACGGUGUUGCUGCCAUCACCACCACCAAGGGUAAUGAACACUGCUUCGUUAUUCUAAGAGGUGGUAAGAAGGGAACAAACUACGACCCUGCUUCCGUCGCUGAAGCCAAGGCUCAGUUGCCUGAAAAGGGUGUUCUAAUGAUCGACUACUCCCACGGUAACUCCAACAAGGACUUCAGAAACCAACCUAAGGUUAACGAUGUCGUCUGUGAACAAAUUGCCAAUGGUGAAGAUAAGAUCAUCGGUGUCAUGAUCGAAUCUAACAUCAACGAAGGUAAGCAAUGCAUUCCUCCAGAAGGUAAGGCUGGCUUGAAAUACGGUGUCUCCAUCACUGACGGAUGCAUAAGUUUCGAAACAACCACCGAGGUCCUACGUAAGCUAGCUGCUGCCGUAAGAGCUAGAAGAGAACUAAAAAAGAAGGCCGCUAAAUAA